GUCCCGCUUCUUCUCUCUAUUCGAAUUUCUCUCCCUUUCUCUCUCUACACGCAUUUCAUUUUCAAACGCCAAAUUUUUGCUUGCGAAAUCUGAUUCGUAGAAGUUAUAGAAUUACUAUAAUUCAUACCUGGAGGAGAUAAUCUGAUCUGUAAUUUGUGUUGAAGAAUCGUUAAAAGAAUCAGUCUAGCUGUUUGAUCUGAAAUCGAAGUGAUAUUCAAUUUGCUGUUUGAUUGAGAAAAAUGGCGUUGGAGAUUACCCAAUAUCUAUUGGCUGCUCAAUCUCCGGAUGCAAAAAUACGAAAUGAGGCGGAGACCGCUCUUGGUCAGUUCCGUGAACAGAAUUUGCCUGGGUUUCUGCUGUCUUUAUCGGUUGAACUAUCCAGCGAUGGAAAGCCAACUGAAUCGCGAAGACUUGCUGGUAUUGUACUCAAGAACUCCUUGGAUGCUAAAGAAGCAGCAACCAAAGGCAACCUCGCCCAACAGUGGGUGGCAAUUGACAUUUCCUUCAAGUCCCAGAUCAAAAACUCUCUUUUGAACACUUUGGGAUCAUCUGUUAGGGAGGCUAGUCAUACUGCUGCCCAAGUGAUUGCUAAGAUAGCUUCAAUCGAAGUGCCAAAAAAGGAAUGGCCGGAGCUUGUUGGAUUGCUGCUUUCCAAUAUGACUCAACCAGAUACGCCUGUAUUGCUGAAGCAAGCAACCUUGGAGGCACUUGGUUACAUAUGUGAGGAGAUUUCUGAUGAAGAUCUUGUGCAAGAAGAAGUAAAUGCUGUUCUAACAGCUGUUAUUCAAGGAAUGAAUGUCUCUGAACAAAACUCUGAUGUUCGGCUGGCAGCAACCAGAGCAUUGUAUAAUGCCCUCAAUUUUGCUCGGACGAACUUUGGUAAUGAGAUAGAGAGAAACUAUAUAAUGAAAGUGAUAUGUGAUGCUGCAUUGGCAAAUGAGAUAGAGAUCAGAAAGGCUGCUUUUGAAUGUCUCGUUUCCAUUGCAUCAACAUAUUAUGAGAUCCUUGAACCUUAUAUGCAGAAGAUCUUUGAGCUAACGUCGAAUGCAGUCAAAGCAGAUGAGGAAGCUGUUGCCCUUCAAGCAUUAGAGUUCUGGAGCUCUAUAUGUGAUGAAGAAUUGGACAUUCAAGAUAAUGAGCUGCCUGAGAGCGGAAAUUCUAAUCCUCCACACUCUCAGUUUAUUCAGAAGGCACUAUCGACAUUAGUUCCUAUGCUGCUAGAAACUCUGCUCAAACAGGAUGAGGACCAAGACCAAGAAGAUGGGAUAUGGAAUCUGGCCAUGGCUGGCGGCACCUGUCUUGGUCUUGUUGCUAAGGUUGUUGGGGAUCUAGUUGUCCCACUUGUAAUGCCUUUUGUAGAGGCUAACAUUUCAAUGAGUGACUGGCGGUCUAGGGAAGCAGCCACAUUUGCCUUUGGAUCUAUUCUUGAUGGACCUACCAUGGAGAAGUUGUUACCUAUGGUGAAUGCUGGUCUUGAUUUCAUGCUCAAUGCAAUGAAAGAUGAAAACGGUCACGUUAAAGACACAACUGCAUGGACUCUUAGUCGUAUAUUUGAGCUGAUGCACCUGCCGGCAUCUGGUUUCUCUGUUGUUACUCCUUCUAACUUCCAAAAAAUUUUGGUUGUUUUGUUGGAGGGUUUGAAAGAUGCUCCACAUAUCGCAGAGAAGGUUUGUGGAGCUAUUUAUUUUCUUGCUCUAGGAUACGAGGAUGCUGGGCCGACCUCUUCGCUGAUGACUCCUUUUCUUCCUGAUAUCUUUAGCACCUUGAUUGCCACAGCUGAACGUACAGAUAGCAGUGACUCUAAGCUUAGGUCUUCGGCAUAUGAAGCCCUGAACCAGGUUGUUAGGUGCUCAAAUCUUCCUGAAACAUCCCAGAUAAUCUACAGACUUCUCCCUGCUAUCAUGUCAAAGUUGGAACAGACUAUCAAUCUACAAAUUGUGUCAUCUGAUGACAGGGAAAAGCAAGGGGACUUGCAAGCCUCUCUUUGUGGUGUGCUUCAGGUCAUCAUUCAAAAACUAAGCAGUGCUGACGACACUAAACCCAUAAUACUUCAAGCAGCUGACCAGAUCAUGGUGCUUUUCCUCAACGUGUUUGCUUGCCGUAGCUCUACUGUACAUGAAGAAGCUAUGCUUGCCAUUGGGGCACUGGCAUAUGCAACUGGGCCAGAUUUUGAAAAGUACAUGCAAGAAUUCUACAAGGUUUUAGAGAUGGGUUUGCAGAACUUUGAGGAAUAUCAAGUUUGUGCCAUUUCGGUUGGGGUUGUUGGUGACAUAUGCCGUGCAUUGGAUGGCAAGAUCUUGCCAUAUUGUGAUGGGAUCAUGACGCAUCUUCUCAAAGAUCUCUCCAGCAGUGAACUUGACCGGUUGGUUAAACCUCCCAUAUUCUCCUGCUUCGGGGACAUUGCUCUUGCAAUUGGCGAACACUUUGAAAAAUACGUUACCUAUGCGGUGCCAAUGAUGCAAGGAGCCUCAGAACUCUGUGCUCGGAUUGACACCAAUGAUGAGGAUAUGGUCGACUAUGGCAACCAGCUCAGGCGCAGUAUUUUCGAGGCUUAUUCAGGCAUUCUUCAGGGAUUCAAGAAUGCCAAAGCUGAGCUGAUGCUUCCUCAUGCUCCUCAUCUUCUGCAGUUCAUAGAACUGGUUGCAAAAGACCAGCAGAGAGAUGAGAGUGUUACUAAGGCAGCAGUGGCUGUUCUUGGUGACCUGGCUGAUGCACUGGGUUCAAACUUGAAGAUGAUGAUCAAAGAUAGUGCUUUCUGCACUGAAUUGCUAGGAGAGUGCCUUGUGUCUGGUGAUGAUCAGUUAAAAGAAACGGCAACGUGGACUCAGGGGAUGAUCGGGCGAGCCUUUUCUGUCUGCGGUUAAGCUUUGUUUCUCAGUUCAUUGCUUUGUUUGAGUUUCUUAAUGGAACAAGUCCUGGUCUUCAAAUAUGUGGUUGAUGAAAUUCUUUUCAUCUAAUUAUGAAAAACGUUGCUUAUCAUGUUUCUGUGGCCUUGUCAUUAUUCUUAAUGAUAAUAAAGUUAUGCUUUUUGCCA